AUGGCCGAGGUCCGGAAAAAAAAGGCAGGUGUCAAAAAGAAGGCUACAGUGGUAGUGAAGGAUGACAAACAAAAAGGUGAAACUGAGGAAGUCCAGAAUUUAGGAUUGUAUCUGAGAACACUUCCAGCUGCCAAGAAGAAGUUUGUAAAGCUUCGAAAAAGGAAAAAGUCUCCUACAAGUGCUGAACUGUUGUUAACAGAUCCAAGAUACAGUGCUUCCAAGGAGGGGCCGUUCGGUUUGGGCCCGCUAGUUCUGCCUUGUUUACAGCGUUUCAACAACAUUGAUGGCUUUAUGAUUUUUUACGUUGCAGCAGUCUUAAUUCACGGUGCUUUAUUUGCUCUUGUUGAUAUGAUUUUAACUAUAUAUAAGGCUCAACUUUCUCUGUCGAAGAUGGAGAUAUAUAUCAUGGAUUUCAGUGAUUAUUUUGCAUCUUUAAUAGUAGCAGUAUUUAUAGCACACUUUGGAAGUAAAGGGAACAGGACAAAAUGGGUGGCAGCUUCCUGCAUUUUAAUGGGAGUUGGAUCAAUGUUAUUUGCUUUUCCUUUCUCUAAAUAUGAAAUCAUAAGAUCAGGAAGACAAAAGAUAGAGUUGUGCAUAGAAGAAAAUAAAAAAAGAAAUAUAAGUUGUGGUACAAACCAAAUUCCAAACAGAUCAAAAUGUAUCUAUUUCUACAUCAUCGGGCAGUGUCUCCAAGGAAUAGCAGGAAUGCCAAUUUACAUCCUUGGCAUGACCUUCAUUUUUGACCAUAUUCCUACAAGUUCAUCUGGCUUCUAUUUGGCUCUUGGACACUCUUCACAUCUGAUGGGAUACCUUCUGGGUGUUAUAGCAGGACUGCAAAAUUAUAGGCCUCCCCCCAACGAAAAAGUAAAUGAAAUUGGACCUGAUAAGUUGUACCAACUGAUGCAGAGUGGGUGGUGGAACAGUUUUUUGUUUAUUGCUGCAGUCUCAUUUGGUAUAUCAUUAAUAAUGGCAUGUUUUCCGACUAGUUUACCCGGUGCACAUAAGUUAAGACUUGCAAAAAGAAAGGAACCUCCCACCAUCGACAGGAGAUUUAAAGAUAAGGAAAUUGGACCUUCUGUGAAGGAUUUUCUUCAUGCUAUUUGGGAUAUGUUGCAGAGCCCACUGCUGAUGACUCAGGCAAUGUGCAGAGUCGCAGAGAGUUUUACUUUUAAUGCAUCUUUACACUUUUUGCCCCACCAUUUACAAAGUCAGUUUUUAAUAACGCCUGGAAUUGCCUCUAUGCUCACAGGACUAUUUGUAAUUCCAGGAGGUGUGAUUGGCCAUUUUCUUGGAGGUUUAAUUGUUGACAGAUUGGAAAUGACUAAUAAGAACAAGUUGAAAUUUACAUUAGUGACAACUGUUGUAUCAAUUGUACUUUUCCUAUUAAUCUUUUUUGUAGAGUGUAAAGCAACAAAAUUUGCUGGAAUCAAUGAAGAUUAUGAUGGCUAUGGUAGACUUGGAAACCUCACAGCUGCCUGUAAUGAGCAUUGUUAUUGCACGACUUCCCUCUAUAGUUCCGUAUGUGGAAGAGAUGAAAAAGAAUAUUUCUCUCCCUGCUUUGCAGGCUGCAGAGCUACUAAAAAUUAUCAAAACGAACAGACAUACUACAAUUGUUCUUGCAUUAGAGAAGGACUUACAACUUCGGAUAAUGAAGGCCAAUUUAUUGAUGCUGUUGCUGGAACAUGUAAUAUCAACUGUCUUAAAUUACCUUUGUUUUUUGCUUUUUACUUCUCUGCUACUGUUUUUGCUAAUAUGUGUAAUAUACCUGUCACCUCAAUUAUCCUUGAAAGUGUACCUGCCAACUUCAAUUCACUGAGCCUGGGUGUGACCUAUGUGUUUUUGAGAUUUACUGCAUCCAUUCCUGAACCAUUCUUGUUUUCACUGGCUUCAGCUACAGCUUGUACAUAUUGGGACAUUGAUAAAUGUGGAUUUGUAGGACGUUGUUGGAUCUAUAAUAAGAAGAUACUGGUCUACGAAUUUAUGGGACUAUGGGUUACUUUCCAAUUAAUCACAGUCUUGUUGAACAUUUAUGCAAUUCAUAUACAUGAUUCUGUGGUAAAGGGAGAAAUCACUGAGAACAGCACCACACUUGCAAAAAAUGUAAAAGCACAAAAAGAAAGAAAAGCUUAA